AUGAUGAGCAUAAUACUUCGAAGAUCAUCAUCAUAUCUUGCCCCAAAGCGGACUCUCACCGCCGCCUUGAGCUCCACCGAAAACGUAUUGUACAACAACCAUCCCUUGCCUUCACAAAACGGCGCUGUUGUUCCCCGUGAUGUUGGAACUAUGGGGUUUUUGGCUAGGAGGGACAGGGGCUUAGAUUUCCAUGUGCAAUCUGGGCCGUUGGAUUUUAAGGCGGGUAGGGCGUGGCAUGCUGAGUCUGCUGUGGACGAUUAUGCGGUGGAAGAUAAUAAAGAUGAUGGACUUGAGAUAUCAAAGCUAGGCAUUUCUCCAGAAAUUGUAAGUGCUUUGAGCCGUAGAGGAAUAUCGAAGCUGUUUCCCAUACAAAAAGCCGUCUUGGAACCAGCAAUGCAGGGUCGCGACAUGAUUGGUCGAGCCAGAACGGGGACGGGCAAAACCCUCGCUUUUGGGAUUCCAAUUCUUGAUAAGAUCAUUCAAUUCAAUGCUAAACAUGGACGAGGAAGGAAUCCUCUGUGCUUGGUUUUGGCGCCUACAAGAGAACUUGCAAAACAAGUAGACAAGGAAUUUCAGGAGUCUGCUCCUGGAUUGGACACCAUUUGUGUCUAUGGGGGUACUCCUAUAUCCAGUCAAAUGCGGGCUCUUGAUUAUGGUGUUGAUGUCGCUGUCGGGACACCUGGUCGCAUUAUUGAUUUGAUCAAGCGAGGUGCUCUCAACUUGUCAGAGGUUCAGUUUGUUGUUCUUGAUGAAGCUGAUCAGAUGCUUAGCGUUGGCUUUGCGGAAGCCGUUGAAACCAUCUUGGACAAGUUACCUCAGAAGCGGCAAAGUAUGAUGUUCUCUGCAACAAUGCCACCUUGGAUUAGAAACCUCACGCAUAAGUACCUUAAAAAUCCUUUAACUAUCGAUCUUGUUGGAGAAUCUGAUCAGAAAUUGGCUGAUGGAAUUUCCCUCUAUUCCAUUGCAUCAGAGAUGUAUGCAAAAGCCUCAAUUGUUGGUCCUCUCAUAACAGAACAUGCUAAAGGAGGAAAAUGCAUUGUUUUCACUCAGACAAAACGUGAUGCCGACCGUUUGGCCUAUGCUAUGGGAAGAAGCUAUAAAUGUGAGCCUUUACAUGGGGAUAUCUCACAAAGUCAGAGGGAAAGGACCCUCUCAGGCUUCCGAGAUGGGCAUUUCAAUAUACUGGUUGCUACUGAUGUUGCUGCACGUGGUCUUGAUGUACCUAAUGUUGACCUGGUAAUACAUUAUGAGCUUCCAAACAGUUCAGAAACUUUUGUUCACCGAACAGGACGAACUGGCCGUGCUGGGAAGAAGGGAAAUGCAAUUCUUAUCUACACAAAUGAGCAGACCAGGGCUGUCAGGACUAUUGAACAAGAUGUUGGAUGCAGAUUUACUGAGCUCCCAAGAAUUGCUGUUGAGGGAGGAAUUGGAGACAUGCUUAGCGACAUGGGUGGCCGACCUGGGAGCUAUGGGGGUAUGAGAGAUCGUCGUUAUGGUGAUAUGGGUUUUGGCCGCUCCAGUGGCAUGGGGGAUUCUGGGUUUGGGCGCUCUGGAGGCUACAGAAGUUCUGGAUCUGGCCGUUUUAGUCAAGGUGGUGAUUAUGGUGGCUCUAGCUCUGGCCGCUUUGGUUCUUAUACAAAUCGACCUGGGAACUUUAGUGGUCCUGGAUCUAGUCGUUCGGGUGGAUUUGGGGAGUUCAAUGGGUCAGAUCGUUCAGGUGGAUUUGGGAACUUUGGUGGAAAUCAAUCAAGCUGGACUGGUGGAGGUUAUGGCAAUUCAGAUUCUAAUCCUUUUGGAAGCUUUGGAAAAAAACAGAACUGAUGAUAACCAGAAUAGUGGACGAAAUUCAUCCUAACUUCAGGUAAUGGGUGGCAAUUGACAGCAAUACAAGAAGACAUACUCGGGAAUAAAUGUGAAGAGACUUGAAAGUAUUUACCAAAGUUUGGAGGGCUAUAUUGUGGAUUACAUUUUCUUGGUAUGUGAGCACGUUCUGAGCUGCAUAUUUGUUGUCAAUAUUUUAGUCAUAAUUGUAUUCUUAUAUAGAUGUCGAGAAGAGGACAAUGUGUAGUCUAUUCAUGGAGAGUAGUUGUCAGCGCAAGUAGUUUUUGUUUCCAGCGUUGUGAUAAAAGUAAAGCGAAAGCAUUGCUAGGCAAAUGCCUUCAGUUAAAUUUGGAGCAUCCUGAAACAUGAAUUUCGAUGUUAUGUUAUAAUUAUUUACAGAGUUAAAUGACAUUUUUCCUUUGAGUUAUAAUUAA